GCGAUUCCGCGUUUAAGAGAAGGCGAGCGGUGGCCCACACUUGCCUCUGAGACACCGUUGAUACCUCGUCGACGCGCGUCUUUCUCGGUGAGAAUGUAAACAACAUUUUCUACGGCCGUUCAGACAUGUUUUUGCCCAAUAUUUAUCAGUGAUUUUGUUUAUUGAUUUGUGCCGGCAUUUGGGAAGAUCGCGGAACCCCCGGUGAAAAUUAUUUGUUAAAUUUUUUGUUAGUUUAAUGGUUUACGCGGGAACAGUGAGUUUUAGCGGGAGUGAUUGCGGAAUUAACGAUUGGUGGUGUUUUGUUUCGACAAUUGUAUGAGAGCGAUUGAGUGUGAAGACUUGUCGCGUUGUGACGACAAAACGGCCAUUGUACUCGAUUCUCACGGAGUGUUUGUCGUGAAUCUGUGAUAUUGAAGUGGAAAUAUCGCUCGCCGUGGGAAAAAGGGAGCUCUAUUUUCGACGCAAAAUGAUCGAUUACAAACCGAGUCCCUGAAGGCGAGGACGGCAAGAUAAAAGACGCCGAGGAUAAUCGUAUUUUCAUAAAAAUGGGAAACAGCAGCUCCCAUCAACACUGUCCCACGAAUUUAGCAUCUCAGGAGAUGGGACGCGGUUGGACACAAUCAUUUCCCCGUGAAUUGACGCGACACCACUCACAACCCCCGGGGCACAAGGUCCUGCCUGAACCACCCAAUCAGCGUUUACGUGCUACCAAUAAUGGUAAUAUCAUUCACAACGGUGGCACCAUAAGUGGCCGAAGACCAUCGGCUUUGACGCUGCCGCACGAUCUUAACAAGCAGGAGGCGUACCGCAGUAGAAGUGCCUCGACCAUGGCACCCCGUGGCCGUGACCAUGGAAAUCAGCACAACUGCAGUGGUCACUACCGUCCCUGCAACGGCAACUGCCGGGGCGCCGAAAUGAUGGAGAUCAAACGAUUCGGAAGUGAGCCGGACCUUCGUUACUCCCCGACGGAGCCACGACGUCAGGCCGAGACACGUCAUUCGGGCUACUACCCCGAACGGGAGAGCCGUUACCGUGGCAAAAAGAAGUACAAAGCCCCAGCACCGCCGACGAACGGUGACGGCUCAUCGCCGGACUCGUACAAGUGGGAAAUAAUCGGUCGUGAGCGUGAAAAUAUGAGACAAGAGGAUGAUCCAAGCGUUCAGCCACCUCCUAGACGAUCGAGGCUCUUCAAGACCCGGGCCGAGACGAAAAGACAAUUGAGUAAUUGGCAGUCACAGACUGAGACCAACGACAGCCUUCUGGAUAGCGAGAGAAGAUGGCGCAGUGGUGAUAAACGUGGUGGCAAGGAGGAUCGAUCGAUAUUGCGAGAGUAUCAGGAGCAGGAUCGCUGGUCCAGGGAUGAGAGGAAGAGAGCGAAAAAAUUUGAUGGUAAAAAUACACUCCAGCGGAGUCUGUCAAGCCCGGAAUUUCAGGCUGAGUUGAUGCAGGUCGCGAGAAAAGUGAGGAACAAACUCGGUUACAAUAAGCGAGUUGGACCUGUUGGUGCUGCAACAGUGACAACAACAAUUGAACAGCGCACUGAUUUGCGAAUUUCAAAGUCUAUGACGUCUAUUGUCGACAGCGGGAGAGAUAAUCAGGGGGAUCGUAGAAAUUCUAGGCUGUCGAGGGGGAAAAACAAGAGUGAUGAACCGUUGGUGAACGGACGCGAUGAAAUUCGGAGUUCAGCGAGAUUAACUGGUGAUAAAAAAUUUCAAGAACGUGCUAGGAGUGAGAACGGAGUCAUUAGGAGCCAUCAGGAAGUACGUUUAUACGAUGAGAGCAGAAUGGACACUCAGCAUGCUGAGGUACGUGAGAAUGUUGGUAACAGAAGAAGAGUUCGUGAAAAGUCGACGACCUGCGGUGACAAGGUCAUCGGUAAUGGCUGCACUGAUUUCAAUGGGGGAGGGAAAUUAUUGAAUGGACAGUGUCACGGUGACAGGAGAAAUGACAGGGCGAGGAUGGCCGAUGCUGGCUGUAAAAAUGAUAGGGAGGUGGGGAGAACGAGGUCCGAUAGCCCUGGACAGAGAAUCUGCAGAGACAGAAUGGAUGUCAGGGGUCAAGGCUCUGGGAGAGAGAGCACACCCGAGCCACCGAGGGGAGAGGACGAGAAGAUCGGGGAUAACAGGAGGAGGAGAAAUAAUGUUAACGUGGAUAUCACCGGGGAUUGUGAGAAAUGGACAGCUGGGGCAAAAUGUGAAAAGUAUCAGGUGAUAGCUUGUGAGAAUAACAGCAGCAAGGAGACACUGGAGGUCGUCAACAAGAAUUGGAAUGUUAAUAAUGGUUUAUCGACGAAAGACAAACAGCCCGUGAAGAAAUUCUACUUCGAUACCGAGGAUGAUAAAGUGCAGACGAGUACUGAGCGCAAGAGCAACCGGAUUCAAAAGCGACUUCAUGAAAAGGAAUACACGAAGACUCAGAAUGGGGUUGAUGAGAUAAAAAUUCAAAACGAAGAUAUAGCCCUUAAAUUACGGCCGACCUUGCCGAAGAAGCAAUUGGAGAUUCCACGAUUCUCACCGUCGGCUGCGUGGAGAUUGUUGUCCGCCUUGGAGACACCAGGACCGACCAUGAGCACAGCCAGUGAAGAAAUGCCAGUAAUGUACGAAGAGCGUAUCGAAAGGUUAUCGAGGCCGCCCCCACCGUUGAUAGCCCUGGGUCCCCGUAGCUCCCACGACAAGUCCGGAGACUCCGGUAUAUCCGGAGACGCUGGUGGACCGAACGAGGACUCUCCCAACAUCAGCACCGCCAGGCUAAAAGCCCAGGCAUCCAGGCCCACCUGGACCCCCCAGCAGGAUCUCGGCGAGGAGUCUAGUAGUGAUGCAGGUGUCGAUUCACCCCCUCCAAUGCCACCAUCCGUUAAAUUUCCCUCACGACCUCAUGUAUUCUCCCUCUCGCUCCCGAGGGAUGACAAUCGUCACACAGUCUACGCAGUUGACAAGACAAAGGAGAAUGGUUCAUUCAAUUCCCUCCAGAAGAUCAAAAAAUCGGUCUCGGGGGCCUUUGGCCUGAGCUCCGUGGACUUUGAGAGGAAGCGAAAUGAUAUUCUCGACGACAAUUGGCUGCUGUCCACGAGUGCUCCUACCUCUCUGCAGCACAGUCAGGUGAACCAUAUUGGAAGUGGCAGAGAGAACGGAGGGAACUCUCCCGGAUGGGACACGAAUUUUGCCGUUGUGAAUUUUGAUGAGGAACCGGUGGAGGAGGACAAGCCUGAUUUCCCCGUCGUCAUGAAGCCACCGUCCUUCUCCUACCUGGCAUCUGGGGGCCACGUGAUGUACCUACCAUCGUCCAAUGGUACAGAUCAGCGAACCCAGAGCCUGAACUACAGGAAUUCUCUGGGUGACGUUGGUGUGAAAAAUAACUCGAAGAAUUUGAAGCCCAAGGGGCCAAAUGGCUUGAGCAGUGCCCCCAGCGGUGGUGCAAUCACGGAUAGAUUCAAGGAGAACGGAAAUCUCCAACGCGAAAGGUCCUUCAUUAACCUGGGCACCAAAGAGCGCACAUCCAUGAAUUUCUCGAAAUCCUGUGAGAAUAUCUCCGAGAUGAAGCAGCGGAGCUGCUCACCGUCCAAUGAGCCGGAGAAUCUACAAGAUAAGAGGAAUGAUCUUAGUAAUUUGAAACUAGCGAUAAAACCAAAUCCAAAGGGUAAGCGGUUUACCUUCCAGUCGACUGUGAGGCAGAUCGAACGCAGAAGAUUGGCGGAAAAAUUGUCACGUGAGGCUGAGGCCAAAGAGCGCCAGAGGAAGAGUGAGCUUGAGGCUAUGAGGAAGGUGGAGGAGGAGUUUCAGAGGAAGCGAGCUAAAGAGAAGGCUAAUAUCAGACAGCAGUUGAGGCUGUACAGUAUGGACGAGAAUGCGAGUUUGCCUCCGGUAUGGGACUCUCACGUGUCUCGUGCGGAUCCGGACGGUGCGCCGUCGUCAUCAGCAUCGUCCCCGACUUCCGCACCACCUGGUAAACACACUAACAAUAGAAAGGCCAGUGUUAGCAGUGACGAGUACCACAGGAAGAAAGAAUGCCGCAUUCAGCAACAAUCACAAACGCCGAGGGAAUACAAAGACUAUCGUCCCAAGUACUACGAUUGGGCUGGUAGUAACGAGUCAUCCUCUCAUCUCGAGAUCAAACAGACCACUGUUCAUCCGAAGAUUGUUUGCGAUAUUCCAAAAAGUUCUCAUGUGUUCGUUGAUACGAAUAAUCAUACGGGAAAGCCAAAUUCAAGUUCAACGCCACGAUCAGACAAUUACAGAAAAGAUUUUGCUCACGGUGCUGUCGCAGCCAGGUCCUCCCUGGCCAGCAGUGACAGUGAAUUAUCUCAGCCAAAUACUCGCCCUCACUCGAGACAGAAUGGCAAUAAAACGAGCAAGCCCGUUCGUACUAGGGAUGAGUCAUCGCCAAAGGUUAAUAACGACCAGGAAACAAGAUCGACGACAUUAGCGAGAUCGACGAGUCCAGCUAGGAGCUCAGAGGUCGCAAGUUCAGAGGAAGAGGCACCGGUUGAAGCCAUCAAACAAGAACGCAAUUCCAUCACACCGGCAACUGGAUUUAUUCUCAAUACUGUACAGCCAUUUGUCAGAGAAAAGAGCUAUCGACCUAUUUCGUUCAAUCCUCAACCACCACCACCACCACCUCCACCAGUGCCCAGUUAAAAUUCAGUUUAAAAUUAUCGAGCGUUUUCCUCCAUUUCCUGAUUCAUAACUGAGGGAGAAAUUUUUUUUUAUUGUCGAUAAGCUCGCAAAAAAUUCAAUCCCACAUUCCAGGAAUCACCUCAUAGUUAACAAUCAACUCAGGAAGAUGAAUAUCAUAUAGAUGUUGAGAAAAAAAAAUUUGGGAGAAAUUUUACACGUUCUGAAGAUUUUAUUGAGAUUUUUUGUUAUUUUCUGUGGAUCAUUGGAUUACGGAAAUGUAAAAUUGAUACAUCGUCUUUAUUCUUUAAUCCAAAUGGUUAAUUGUACAUUUCUAUUAUUUAUCAUUAGCAUUCUAAAGAAUAACCAAAUGUGUUCCAUAAAAUUUUCCCUGCCCUUCUUCCUGUGUAAUCCCAUAGUAUUUAUGCCUGUAAGGUAAGAUCUAAGUUUUAACAAAAACCCCGAAUCAAAGAUUUUUAGUCCGAAUGAAUCGUUCGUUAACCAAUUCUUUGUGUAAAUGUAACUUAUCUAAUCGAUUAAUAGUUUAUCGGAUAGGAAACAAGGUUUAGGGAAACAAAUGUAUUGUAAUUAUGUACAGGGAAUCUUGUAAUUUGCUCACCUAAAUUUAAUCGAAUAAAUAAUUAAUGUUUUGUGUAA